AAAAAGCAAUCCAGUUUGUCCAUGAUUUGAAUCAAUAAUUUAUACACCUGUGUAGUAUUGUUGAAUCUAUUUUUAAUUUUUUUUAAAUCGGUUUUUCCUCUUCAUUUCUCACACCUAGGACACAUCGAUUUGUCCUAAAUUUAUCGAUGACGAAUAACCCUAAACGGCUUCAAUGGACAUUGCAUUUUGUGGCCAAGAAAUCAACCGUUACGUUUUUGUUUUAUUGAGGAAAAGUUUGAAUUUGAACAUAUUUCACUGACGAAACGAAAACCUGACGCAUCGAUCAAUGACAAUCAUAAGUUUCGUAUCGCAGAGUGUGACCAAAUUGGCCAUAACAUCGCGGAUUCCAUCAUUGACAAGUGCAUUUCAGUAUCAUUCACGGUUCAUGAUGAGCACGAUCGGCAACCCGAAAGUCGAACUAGAUAAUUACGAUCAAGGUCAAGUGGAAUUGCUCAAUGAAAAAUGCAUUCUAGUCGACCAGAACGAUGAGGUGGUCGGGAGUGAGUCGAAAAAAGCCUGCCAUUUAAUGGCCAACAUCAACAAAGGCCUCCUGCAUCGUGCAUUCAGCGUUCUCAUAUUCAAUUCGAAAAAUGAAUUCCUUCUCACUCAACGAUCGGACAAGAAAAUCACAUUUCCCGGCUAUUAUACCAACACCUGUUGUAGCCAUCCAUUAUAUACGCCAUUAGAGAUGGAACAAUCUGAUGCUAUCGGUGUGAAACGUGCCGCUCAACGCCGUCUUCAUCUCGAGCUUGGCAUCAAUCCAUUGGAAAUUCCAUUGUCAGAGAUGAAAUUCAUGACACGUUUCCUGUACAAAGCGUCGUCAAACGAUGUCUGGGGUGAACACGAAAUCGAUUAUGCGUUGAUCAUACAUCGUGAUGUGGCCAUCAAUCCAGAUCCGGAUGAAGUGAAAUCAUAUCGAUUCAUUUCUCGCCAUGAAUUGCUACCAUUUUUGGAUGCUGAAAACGCCAAAGGUUCGCCCACCACACCAUGGUUUAGGAUCAUGUUGGAGAAAUUCUUCUUUAAAUGGUGGGAUAAUCUCGAUAAUCUGGAUCAAUUUGUUGAACCGAAUAAAUUGUAUGGAUUAUAAAAUUUAACGAUAACGACUAUUCUUUCCUCGUGACUACAAUCGCUGUCAAUAGAUGGCGAUGUUGUGUCUUUAAUUGUUGUCUAUGAUGAUUGUCAUGCAAACAAUGCAGAUGAUGUUUAUUUUUUCUUUUUCAAAUCGGUAAUAAAUGCUUUUGUAUCUUAAA